AUGAAGACGGGCCUUUUGCUUACGGUUGCGGCGGUGACGCUGGCGUUGACUCCUGUCGUGCCUCGGGGCGACGACAUCGAGGCCUACCAGCGGGUCGGCGGCGUUGCCGACGUGGUGGCGUCGGUGGAAGACGUGGUGGACAAGCGUGACGUUGACGACGUCGAGGAAGUGUACGCCGUGACGGGGGUGAAGCGCGACGGCGACGACGACGGCGUCAUUGAAGAAGUGGAGGCUGUGGCUGAAGUCAAACGCUAG